AUGUUGUCUGACACCAUAAUGAAGGCUAUCUUUUUAGUAUUCCUCUUGCCUUUUGUGCUAGACUGCAUAACAGCAGACGAAGAAUAUUACGUUUUACAAAAAGUGGAUCUGUCGGAAUCAAGCAACAUAGUUGGAGUGAUGAAAAAUUUUAUGAACUGUUUACUUGAGAGAAGUCCUUGCUCUGAAGCUUUUGAGGGCUACAGACUUUGCAUACCAGAGGCGUUUCAGCAAGCCUGCAAAAAAUGUAGUCCAGAACAGAAGCGAUUCGCUGCCAAGUUUCUCGAAUCUCUCAAAGAUAAGAUGCCUCAAGAUUAUAAUGACUUCAUAAAAAAAUAUGAUCCCGAAAACAAAUACUUCGAUGCCCUUCAAGCAGAAUUAAACAAAUUCAUUUAA